AUGUGUGUACAUGUAUUCGGUAACACAGCCUCCCCGGCGAUAGCUACAUAUGGCCUUAGACUUGCAGUAAAUCACAGUUGUCCUGGUUCUGAUGUCAGCGACUUUGUGUGUAAAGACUUCUAUGUCGACGAUGGACUCAAAUCACUACCUACAGUUGAACAAGCCAUAGACCUGCUUCAGAGAACACAGAAAGCACUUAAAGUUGAAGGAAAUUUGAGACUUCACAAGAUAGCUUCAAACCGAGAUGAAGUCAUGCAAGCAUUCGCACCUGAGAACCUGUCAAAAGAUUUAAAGGACCUGGAGAUUCUGAGAAAGUUUGCACCAAAGCAUGGUCACACCAUCCCCAGGUUGGAACUUUGUGGUGCGGUACUUGCGGUGGAAAUAGCAGAAUCCAUCGCUACUCACCUAGAUCUUCACAUUAAGGACUUUACAUUCUACUGUGACAGCAAAGUGGUUCUGGGUUACAUUCAAAAUGACACUAGAAGAUUUUACACAUAUGUAGCCAAUCGAGUUGAGAGGAUAAGAGCUUCCACCCGACCUCAACAGUGGCGCUAUGUGUCGACAAAUCAUAAUCCAGCAGACCAGGCAACACGCUCUGUAGCAGCUAGUAAAAUGCAGGACAAUCCUUGGUUAGUAGGACCAGCCUUUCUCCUGGACGAACAUGUUUCUACACAUGAUGCGCAUGAGUUACAGAACCCAGAUGAGGACAAAGAAGUUAGAGCUGAAGUAGUUGUCUUAAAAACCAGCAUGAUGGAUCCACCUCAUGACCAGCUUGGAACUCACCGGUUUAGUAGAUUUUCUAACUGGAGAAAACUUGUUGAAACUAUCGCUCACCUACAACACAUAGCUCAAUCGGUUAAUGGCGCAGAAUGUUCAGGAUGGCACGUAUGUUCCAAGUGGAAGACAGUAGAUGCCUUUGAAGCAGCACAGAAACUUCUGCUUGUUGAAGUUCAACAAGAAGCCUAUCAGAAUGAAAUUCAGUGUCUCCAAGCAGGGAAAUGUCUACCAAAGUCCAGCUCAAUAUCCAAAUUGUCACCCUUUAUUGGUAUUGAUGGUCUCUUGCGUGUUGGAGGCAGACUGAAACACUCAAGUUUGACAGAACCAGAAAAACACCCUAUUCUUGUCCCUGAACGUCAUUACAUUGCCAUACUAAUCAUCCGUCAUUAUCACGAGCAGAUAAAACACCAGGGCCGUCACAUCACAGAAGGGUUCAUUCGUUCGGUAGGGUUCUGGAUAACAGGAGCAAAGUCAUUAGUGUCCUCUGUAAUCUACAAGUGCGUUAAAUGUCGGAAACUUAGAGGAAACCUCGGCAGUCAAAAGAUGGCUGACCUUCCUUCGGACAGACUGGAAACCGGGCCGCCAUUUACUAAUGUUGGGGUGGAUUGUUUUGGCCCAUGGCAAAUUGUAACAAGGAAGACACGUGGAGGUCAAACAUGCAGCAAAAGAUGGGCAGUGGAAGAGCUGAGUUCUUCAGCUUUUAUCAAUGCCUUGAGAAGAUUUAUGGCAAUCAGGGGUCAGGUCAAACUUUUCAGAUCAGACCGAGGGACAAACUUUGUCGGGUCAACAGACAACCUUGGCAUCAAUGCCAUUAAUGUAGAAGACAGUAGUGUGAAACAAUGUUUGUACUCCCAAGGAUGUACUUGGCUGUUUAACCCACCUCAUGCAUCCCACAUGGGUGGGGUCUGGGAGAGGGUUAUUGGAAUUUCAAGAAGGAUCUUGGAUUCUCUUCUAACGGAUGUUGCUGGGACAGGUCUGACUCAUGAACUUCUAUCAACCUUUCUCGCUGAAGUGUCCGCCAUCAUGAACGCAAGACCACUAGUUCCUCUCACCACAGAUGCAGAGAACCCUGUGCCGUUGUCGCCAUCGUUGCUGCUCACUCAGAAGCCUCAGCAAAUUACCUCUGUUACAGAAACGUCGGAUAGUAGAGACCUUUUCCGUAAGGAGUGGAAACGAGUACAAGCCCUGGCUGACAUGUUUUGGCACCGCUGGAAAGCAGAGUAUAUACAGACACUUCAACAGAGGAAGACAUGGCAUGAACCUAAAAGAAACUUGUGCGAAGGUGAUGUUGUUUUAGUGAGAGACAAACAGACAGCAAGAAAUGAUUGGCCGUUAGGAUUUAUUCCUAAAGCUUUCCCAUCUUCAGACGGUCUAAUUCGCAAGUGUGAAGUGCGCAUAGUAAGAGAUGGACGCUCAACCUUAUACACCCGUCCAAAUGCUGAACUUGUUCUAUUCUACCAUGUUAAUAUGUCAAUGCCUAUAUAG